GCCUGAUCCGAGGAGUCGCGGCCCCGAGCUGCGGGUGCAGGCGCAGGUGCAGCGGGGCGGGCUGGCACCAGCGGUCAGGGCUGCCGGUGCCCAGGCGCCCCUCGCCCUCUCUUCCAGCUCGCGAGAGCUAGCCCUCCGGCGCAGGGCGCCUGGCAGCACCGCCCGCCAAGGCCAGGUUCUACUGCCCGCUCCUAUCCCCGCCUCCCAUCCCCUAUCCCCGCCUCCCAUCCCCUAUCCCGAAGGUGCUGAUGCUGGUGUUCGGAGGAAGGAGGCUGCUCACAGCUCUGCUACAGGCUCGGAAGUGGCCCCUGCAACCUUCCAGGAACAUGAGACUGGUGCAGUUUCAGGCUCCUCACCUGGCGGAGCCGCGCCUGGGCCUGGAGUCUGAGAAGGGCGGCGGGGUCAUCGACCUCAACGCCUUUGAUCCCAUGCUCCCCAAGACGAUGCUGCAGUUCCUGGAGGAGGGAGAGGCCACCUUUGCAGUGGCCAGAAGAGCCCUGGCUGCCCGGUUGCCAGUCUUGCCCCGGUCAGAGGUGACCUUCCUGGCCCCCGUGACGAAGCCAGACAAAGUGGUGUGCGUGGGCCUGAAUUACGUGGAUCACUGCAAGGAACAGAACGUGCCUGUGCCCAAGGAGCCCAUCAUCUUCAGCAAGUUUGGCAGCUCCAUCGUUGGGCCCUACGAUGAGGUGGUCCUCCCACCCGAGAGCCAGGAGGUAGACUGGGAGGUGGAGCUCGCUGUGAUCAUUGGGAAGAAAGGCAAACACAUCCAGGCCACAGAUGCUAUGGCUCAUGUGGCCGGCUUCACAGUGGCUCAGGAUGUGAGCGCUCGAGACUGGCAAACAAAACGCAAUGGAAAGCAGUGGCUGCUGGGGAAAACCUUUGACACCUUCUGCCCCCUGGGCCCUGCCUUGGUGACCAAGGACAGUGUGGCAGAUCCACACAACUUAAAGAUCUCCUGCCGGGUCAAUGGAGAGGUGAUGCAGAGCAGCAACACCAACCAGAUGGUGUUCAAGACGGAAGAGCUGAUAGCCUGGGUCUCCCAGUUCGUCACUCUCUACCCAGGAGAUGUCAUCCUGACUGGGACGCCCCCUGGUGUUGGCAUGUUCAGGAAGCCGCCUGUGUUUCUCAAGAAAGGCGACGAGGUCCAGUGUGAGAUUGAAGAACUUGGUGUGAUUGUCAACAAGGUGGUGUGAUGGGGCAUGCAGGUUCAGGCCUUCAGACAAGAGGGCAACUCCCACCCCAAACCAGCAGAACACAGGGGAAAUCCCAGUGCCAGCCGAGGACUGCUGCCAGCCACCCUGUGGUUCUUCUAGGUGCAGAGGGGGAAGGUGGAGCUCUCCUUAAUAAAUGUGUCCUA